GGUGACCGGACCUUGAGAUCCUGGGAACCUUUCUCUGGGAACGUGUUUCCGGCCGGAGGUGUUUAGCAAAGGCUCAGGCGCCCCGCCCCCACCUUCCUCCCUGGGACCCUCUUCUCUCUCCCCGAUUCUCUUUCCCUUUACCCGGCGCCGCCUGCUCCUAAGGGACACUCGGAGGCCCCCGUCCCGUCGCCGCCUGCAACUACAAGGGUAUCCCGGGGCCAUUUGGAGUCGCCCGGACCUGAGAGGCUGCUGCACCGGUCCUCAGCCACCCCUCCGGAUGCUGGUGCUGCUGUCCCCUCAGCCCCUGGCACUUUACUCCAGUGAGGCCAUGGAGGACCCUCCCCGUCAGACAGGACGGUCCCCAGAACCUGCACCUUCCUCCUCCACGGGAUCUUCCCAGACUUCAUCCCCUCCAAGGCCCAAUCACUACCUGCUCAUUGACACCCAGGGUGUCCCCUACACGGUGCUGGUGGGUGAAGAGUCACAGAGGGAGCCAGGGGCUGAUGGGGCCUCAGCCCAGAAAAAGUGCUACAGCUGCCCCGUGUGUUCAAGGGUCUUCGAGUACAUGUCUUACCUUCAGCGACACAGCAUCACCCACUCGGAGGUGAAGCCCUUCGAGUGUGACACCUGUGGGAAGGCAUUUAAGCGGGCCAGCCACCUGGCAAGGCACCACUCCAUUCAUCGGGCAGGUGGUGGGCGGCCCCAUGGCUGCCCACUCUGCCCUCGCCGCUUCCGGGAUGCAGGUGAGCUGGCCCAGCACAGCCGGGUGCACUCAGGGGAGCGCCCGUUUCAGUGCCCACACUGCCCUCGCCGCUUUAUGGAGCAGAACACGCUGCAGAAGCACACUCGGUGGAAGCACCCAUGAGCUGGGCUGCUGGGUGCCCCAGGUGCCAUGGAACUCAGGGGGACACCUGGUGCCUGGAGGUUGGCUUCUAGGGCCCUGGACAUAAACACAGACCAACCUCAUCCUGGAGGCCAAGCCAUGCCUGAAGGAGGAGCCCGUGAGUAAUCAUCAGUUCCUCCUGUUUUGGAGCUUUGAUGGGAAUGAGACCUUACAUGGAAUGGAGUCCUCUAGCCUCAAAGACGUCAGAUAUUCCAUGGCCAUGGUGAAGCCUUGACUAGAGUGGUGGGUGGGGGGACAGUGCCAUGUGUGGACAUUCUCUGGCCUCAUAAAAGUGGCUGGGGCCAUUGUGAAUCUAUAUAACGUUUUUAAGGUCUCCAUGCUGAUGUUGGGGAAAGGGGCCCCAGAUUUGCCUCCCAACACCCAACCAGGCCUGAGACUGGACUAACAAUAAACAUGUUUCCCACUUUGA